CCGGUCGAACCUCCGCAGUCAGCUGCGAUGUGAAGUGUACAUAGUCGCUCUAGCAUAGACAGGGUGGGAUAUAGCGGAGAGAGAGAGCGAGAGAGGGAGUAAAAAAAGAGAGAAAGAGAGUGAAACGGUUAGAUACACAGCAGCAUCAUGGCACCCAUCGGACUAAAGGCGGUGGUCGGCGAAAAGAUUAUGAACGAUGUCAUCAAGAAGGUGAAAAAGAAGGGGGAAUGGAAGGCCUUAAUCGUGGACCAGCUCAGCAUGAGGAUGCUCUCUUCCUGUUGCAAGAUGACCGACAUCAUGACGGAGGGGAUCACCAUUGUCGAAGAUAUAAACAAACGCCGAGAACCAUUACCCAGUCUGGAGGCAAUUUACCUGAUAACCCCCACUGAUAAGUCUGUAAACACCCUCAUUGCAGACUUCAAAGACCCGCAGUCAGCCAAAUACAAGGCAGCCCAUGUGUUCUUCACAGACUCCUGCCCUGACCCCCUCUUCAGUGAGCUGGUGAAGAGCCGUGCUUCCAAAACCAUCAAAACCCUGACUGAGAUAAACAUCGCCUUCCUGCCCUAUGAGUCUCAGGUGUUCUCCCUGGACAACCCGGACGCCUUCCAGAGCUUCUACAGCCCCCACAAGACCCAGCUGAAGAACCCGGUGAUGGAGCGUCUGGCAGAGCAGCUGGCCACCCUGUGCGCUACGCUGAAGGAGUACCCCGCCGUGCGCUACCGCGGGGAGUACAAAGACAACGCCACACUGGCUCAGCUGGUGCAGGACAAACUUGACGCCUACAAGGCCGACGACCCCACCAUGGGCGAGGGGCCAGACAAAGCUCGCUCUCAGCUCAUCAUACUGGACCGAGCUUUCGACCCCGUCUCCCCCGUCCUGCACGAGCUCACCUUCCAGGCCAUGGGCUACGACCUGCUGCCCAUCGAAAACGACGUCUACAAGUACGAGACCAGCGGCAUGGGAGACUCACGUGAGAAGGAGGUGCUGCUGCACGAGGACGACGACCUGUGGGUGGCUCUGCGGCACAAGCACAUCGCCGAGGUGUCCCAGGAGGUGACUCGCUCACUGAAGGAUUUCUCUGCGAGCAAACGGAUGAACACGGGAGAGAAGACCACGAUGAGAGACCUGUCCCAGAUGCUGAAGAAGAUGCCACAGUACCAGAAGGAGCUGAGCAAGUACUCCACUCACCUGCAGCUGGCUGAGGACUGCAUGAAGCACUACCAGGGGACCGUGGACAAACUGUGCCGUGUGGAGCAGGACCUGGCGAUGGGCACGGACGCUGAGGGCGAGAAGAUCAAAGACCCCAUGAGGGCCAUCGUGCCCAUCCUGCUGGAUGCCAACGUCAGCACCUACGACAAGAUCCGCAUCAUCCUGCUCUACAUCUUCCUGAAGAACGGCAUCACGGAGGAGAACCUGAACAAGCUGAUUCAGCACGCUCAGAUCCCCCCAGAGGACAGCGAGAUCAUCACCAACAUGGCCAACCUGGGCGUACCCAUCAUCACAGACUCCACCCUGCGCCGGGGAAAGAAAUUGGACCGCAAGGAGCGCGUGAGCGAGCAGACCUAUCAGCUGUCCCGCUGGACCCCGCUGGUGAAGGACAUCAUGGAGGAUGCCAUCGAUGAUAAGCUGGACACUAAGCACUACCCCUACAUCUCUACCCGCUCCUCUGCCUCCUUCAGCACCACAGCUGUCAGUGCCCGGUACGGUCACUGGCACAAGAAUAAGACCCCGGGGGAGUACCGCACCGGGCCGCGCGUCAUGGUGUUCAUCAUCGGCGGCGUGUCUUUCAGCGAGAUGCGCUGUGCUUACGAGGUCACACAGGCCAACGGCAAGUGGGAGGCCGUCAUCGGUGCCACCCACACGCUCACCCCCACCAAAUUUCUAACGGACCUGCAGCACCCCGACUUCCGAGAGUCCACUAGGGUGUCCUUUGAGGACCCAGAUCCUUCAGACGAGUGAGAGAGAGAGAGAAAGGGGAGAGGGGCGGAAAAAGAGAGAGAAAGCACACUGAAAAAAGCUCCACCCACAUCUUCCCCCCGACCAGCGUACUCCACGCCCUCAAGGCCAUGAACAAACCAGACGAGGAGCAGACCAGCUAAAAGAGCGCCAGCCAUCCUCUCUCCUCCCCCCCAUCCCACCCGUCUAUAUUACACGUGUAUGCAUCUUGAUCCACAGAAAAAAAAAAAACUUGACAGCACUGAUAUACAAAAAAGUUGAAAAAAAAACCUAACAAAAAAAAAAACAUUGCAAGUAUUCUCAUGUUUUUCAUUGGAUGCAAAUAAUGAUGAUGAUAAUAAUAAUAAUAAUACUAAUAAUAUAAGAGUAAAAAGAGUUAAAUAUGUUAAGGCCAAUAAAAAAAAAAAAAAAGAAAGUACCAAAUGUUACAUUGUAUGCUAUGAAACCUUGCUAGAAUGUGUAAAAGAUAGAGGUUUUGUUUGUACCUUCCUUCACUUUUCUUUGAUGGUGUGUAUUUUUAUUGGUGACGCGUGGAGGGGGAGGGGUGGUUUGAUUGUUGCCGUGGUCACAAGAGGGUCGCUAAAGCAACAGCUCCAUUCUGUUUCAUCUGAAAGGCCUGCUUCUGCGUGUGGUCUGGGUCUGGGUGAACGUUGGCCGUGGCUAGGACAACCUUUGUGAAGUUUUUUUAAAUCUUUUUUUUUGUUUGUUUUUUUUUACUUAAAUGUCCUGAUGAAACAUUGUGGACAAAGGUCUGUGUAUUUUGACACAUUUAGCAUGCGACUCUAAAAUUGCUAGAAUAGCGAACAAAAUGUGUAAAUGUGAACCUGCUUCCUUAGACUAAUGUAUUUCAUUGAAGCCUACAAGGGAUUCCGUCAUCGUUUUUUCUCAGCAGUUGUGUAUUUUCCCUGGUUCUACUUGAAUGCGGGAACGCGGUCGUAACUGAGUACGGAUGCUGCUGUGUCUCGAUCCGCUGUUCACAGCCCCAGUCUGGGCGGUGGUGGAGUGAGAACAUCUCUGUCUUGUGAUUCACUAUGCAUCUCUUGUCCUUUUGUCAAUUGGGUGGUGUUGUGGAGACUGGCCAGUGGCUGAACCAAUCAUCUCACGUGAGUUUCAGCAGUCUGGGCGGGCUCAGAGAGCAUUGCAGACCUGGUCAUUUGACACAAAAUUGACAUUCAAAGACGCUUGUGUGACUAGAACACAGCAGACCAUCGUCUGAAGCUUAAGUAGGUUCUCUGGUGUCCUGAAUGUGGCUCAGUUCAAAGUGACCCCUACGGUUUUGUUCGCCCUAAACACAAAUGUUGCUGUGGCCCCAAAGUGCUCCAAAAUAAAAGGAAUAAGUUUGAGUUGUGUGGCCCGGAGACGGUCGUGACUGCACUGCGUUUAGGCCAGCGGCUGGCUCUCUCUCUGGCACAGAGGGACAAGGACUAAGAGAUGGACUGUGCUUCCUUUGGUGAUACUUUUCAGAGAUUAACAUCGUGGACACAAGGCAAGUUUGUCCAAAAGAGGCUUCACAGAAACAAUAUUUUUUAAAUAAAAAGGGACCAAUGGGACCUGUAUCAUGAAGCAGAGUUAUUAUGUUAGCUGGAUAAAUGCAUUGAGCAAAUGGUAAAUGCCUGCAUUUAUAUUUAUCCAAAGCCCUGUACAAUUAAUGCAUUCACCUAUUCACACUCACACACACUCACACACCAAUGGCAAUUGGCUGCCAUGCAAGGCACCAACCAGCUUGUAAAACCCAGAAGAUCCAGAUCCAGAUUUAGAAGGUUUCUGGGUUUCACGUGGUGAAGUGAUCCGGCUGACUCCGUAAUCCUGCUUCAUAAAACAGGGCCCAGGACUGGCAGAACAGUUUGAGGCACCCAGUCUGGCGGCAGAGAGCGAUGCUGUUAGAUAACAGCCACAGAACCUGACCCCACGUGGCAACCCUCACCCCUCCUCCUGCUUGUGACUGGAAGUAUUUAUUCCGCACACUCGUUUUUUUUUUUUUUUGAAGACUUCAGGUUUUUAGUGUCAAAAAGGCCAUUGCUUGCAAACAUUUAAUGAAUAACUUAAAAAAAAAAAAGGGCCAGGUGUAUUUCAGUAUUGUAUUAUCGUCCAAUUAGGUCUCAUCAUUGGUUAGUAACUCCGUUAAACCAUGCACUGAGUAGCGUGUUUGCGUGUAUAUUCCAUACUUUGAUGUUUUAACGUCUCCCUGUUACUGGUGAUAAUCUCCGACUGUGAAGUAGUAACCCGUUUCCUUUGAAAAUGCCGAUGUGAAUCCACUGUGUUAUUGAUGUCGUAGUCGUAGCUGUAGUGGUCAAUGGGGAUAAUGAAGAAAAAACCCUGCUUAUCUAUAUUUUGUUAGUCUCUCUGUUUCUCUUCUGGGGCAAUGUCAAAUCUUCCACCAGUGAAAGGCUUUGCAAAUCAAUAUUUUCCCCAAUAAUCUUUUUUUUCCCUUUUUGUCUCCAUUUUUCCUCUGGAGAAACGGGCUGUAUAUUGCACUAUGCCUCUCUGUGAUGCAAAUGCUUCUUCAGAUUAUUUUGUUUGCUUUAUUUUACUUGUUGCCGUUGUAUAGCAUUCACUGUGUCUGUUUCUGACUGAUUUACAAAGUUAUUUAUCAGAGAGAGAGAAAUAUAAAUAAAUUAAAGGUAGUCUGUCAUAAAUCUGUUUAACUUAUUGGGAAUUCUAUGUUUGCGAGUGUUGAAGCACAAACUAAAAUACUCUAUGUACCGCUGUCUAAUAAAUUGACUUCCAGUAAAAGUA